CCUUAAAUUGGAAUGUGAGAAACUGGCAAGUGAAAAGACAGAAAUGCAGAGGCACUAUGUGAUGUAUUAUGAAAUGUCGUAUGGAUUAAACAUUGAAAUGCACAAACAGACAGAAAUCGCCAAGAGAUUGAAUACAAUUUGUGCACAAGUCAUCCCAUUUUUGUCUCAGGAACAUCAGCAGCAAGUGGCCCAAGCUGUAGAACGUGCCAAACAAGUGACCAUGGCUGAACUGAAUGCCAUCAUCGGGGUACGUGGCCUUCCAGGUCUACCUCCUACA